AUAAGUCCUCCUCUUCAACAAUUUGAACCUCCCCUCUCUCUCUCUCUCUCUCUCUCUCAUCGUUUGUAAAGUAAGUUGGUAUGGAGAUUAAAAACCCUGGAAGUACAGGACUUACCCUAGAUUUAGUAUGCACCAGUAAUGGCGAAUUUGGGCAGGAAAGUAGAUCUUACACUUGUGCUUUCUGCAAACGGGGCUUCUCGAAUGCACAGGCACUUGGUGGUCACAUGAAUGUCCACAGAAAGGAUAGAGCAAGGUUACAAGAAUCAAUCCAGGAGACUCUAAUUACGACAGAAACCACAAAGGGUAUGAAAUCCAUGAAUCAAGGCGAAGCGCAGUUGUCAAGCGAUGAGAAGAGUGACAGCGUACCUAAGAGGCCAUGGACUUUCACGGAACCAAAUAGUCCUGGAAGCUCCAGAAAGAAAGAUCACGCUGUUCAUUUGAAAAAAGCAGCACUGCAACUAUCUUUGUGUAUUGAGUCAUCGUCUACAAGUGAUUCUUGCCUCAGCUCAGAUAAAAUUUCUUCUUUAGCAUCAUCAUCAACAGAAGUGGACCUGGAGCUUCGGCUAGGGAUGGAAUCUGAAUCGACACCAAGAGACUGUUUUAUAAGAGACUAGCUAGAGAAUCAUGUCUUCAUGAUGAUAUGAGAAAAAACCAAACAGGUUUAGCUCUUGAUAAAAAUGCUUUCUAGUUAACCUACAUGCUUUCUUUAACGAAUAUGCUUCUAUACUCACUAUUUUGUAAUAACUCAUUACUUAUCUGCCACCAUCAUAUAUUUGCUUUCUUGUUUCAUUGCCUCUUGUAUGUUCAUCAUGACUAUGAACAUAAUCAUAGAUAUUCUUUAUAUAUCCUUUUUGAUAGGACUAGAUUCAAAUUGUUAGUCCAUUGAUCAAUUGAAACACGACCUUCAUUUUGGGGGUAUGUGUGUAUAUGCAAUCUUCCAAAAAUGUUGCAUGUGUACUAAAAUUCAUUUUGGCCAAAGAUAAUAUAUGUUUGCAAUAUCCUAUACCACAACAACUUUUGAGUGUGAACUACGAGUGUCUUAAAGUUAUUUGUUAAACAUAUUAUUGAUUCAUCUAACGUCCUUAGGGUUCGUUGUUAUGUGUAUAUAUACA